AUGCUUGGAAAAAGGUUAUUGCGUAGUGCGUAUGUAACAAAAAAAGGCAUAAGCAUAGUUGAAAAAAAUGCUGUUACAAAUAAAAAGGUAAAAAAUAAGGUGUUGACUGUUUCAGAAUGUUCUUCAUUAUAUUCUACUUAUAUUAAGGGAAAUAGCGGUACUCUGAAAAAGGAAAGUGUUGUAAUGUUAGGUGCAAAUAUAAGUAAAAAAGAGAAAUAUACAAAGAGUGCAGUAGAGGAAAGAUUAAUAGAUUUUUAUACAAAAUGUAUUUCAUUAGAUAAUAAAAUAUUGCAGAAAGAAGAAAACAUACCGAAUAGUGGGAACCACACAAAUUAUCCUCUUUUUAGUAUUACUAAUAAUGGGAACGGAAAAUAUUCUGAAUAUAUGUAUAAACUUUUGCACGUACCUGUGGCACGUCAGGGGGGAGUUACACGAAAAAAAGGGGAAUCAGAAAUGGAAGCAGGAGUCGAAGCAGGGAACGAAGCAGGAUUCGAAUCCGUUUCACUUGCCAAUUCAAAUAGGCAUAAAAACGGGGGGGGAAAUAUACUUCUGUUAACACAUGGGAGUAGCCCCCUUUUUAGUAGCAUAGAUUUAAAGGGAGAAAAAUUAAAGGAAAAAACAGCUUUAGUGGUAAAAAAGUUAUAUAAGGAUGCUAGUGAGAAAAAUAAAAUAAGCGUAUUAAAAAGUAAUAUAAAAAGUUACCUAGAAUUGUCAAAAUGUAAAUUAACUUUAUGGGUUACUAUAAGUAGUACUUUUGGUUAUUUCAUGUUAGGUGGUUCAUCAACAAAUGAAAUUUACGCCUUAGCAAUGGGUGUAUUUCUUUGUAGUAGUAGUGCUAAUUCAUUUAAUCAAAUUAUUGAAAGGAAUAUUGAUAAGAUAAUGAAAAGAACUAAAAAAAGACCAUUGGUAUAUAAUAAUAAAAUAUCUUUAACACAUGCAAAGAUAUUUGCUUUUACGUCAGCAGUUGUAGGAUCAUUACUAUUACAUUUUUUUAAUAAUCCAUUAACAUCUUACUUGGGAUUAUUUAAUAUUUUCUUAUAUGCAUGUAUAUAUACUCCUUUAAAACUUAUUACUCCAUAUAAUACACAUGUAGGUUCAAUAGUUGGUUCUAUACCUACAUUAAUGGGAUGUACAGCUGUUGAUCAGAAUUUAUUUUUACCAGAACCAUGGAUACUAUUUUUUACACAAUUCUUAUGGCAAUUUCCCCAUUUUUAUUCUCUAGCGUAUUUAUAUAAAGAAGAUUACUUAAAAGGGAAAUAUAAAAUGUUUCCACUACAAGAUAAACAAAAUGGCAUAUAUACAGCCAAACUUUGUAGACCAUAUUUAAUAUUAUUAUCUUCUCUUCCUUUUAUUUUUUUUUUUUGUGGAUAUACAUCCUACAUGUAUAUCUUAACCUCCUUAUUUCCAAAUUUAUUUAUUCUUUAUAAAUUCCAGAGAAUUAUUGAAGCCCCUUCCAAAAGUAAUUUUCGUUCCUUUUUUAAGCACUCUCUUUGGCAUAUUAUUUUACUGCUAGCCUUGUCAGCGUAUCAUACGCAGGUGCCGGCGUGUAAAAAUAAAAGAGAACACGAAGGCAAACAUGAAAGCGAAGGAGAACAUAAAUGCAAAAAUGGAAACACAAAUGACAGCUUUACUAACAAGAUCGAGAGAAAUACAUGCAACAUGGAGGGACAUAACAUCAACAAAGAGCUCAGUAUUACAAAAUUUAAAAAGAAACUUUUAAAAUUUUGCGUAGUUUUCUCCUAA